GCCGAAGGUUUUUCAUCAGUACUGGGAUAUCCCCGAUGGCACCGAUUGCCACCGCAAAGCCUACGUCACCACCAGUAUUGCCAGCGUCGCUGGCCUGACCGCCGCUGCCUACAGAGUCAUACUCAAUCCUCCGGGCACCUUCCUUGAAGGAGUGGCUAAGGUCGGACAAUACACGUUCACUGCAGACGCUGGCAGUGAGCGCCCAAGAGGCUCCUGCUGCGCCCCUCUCAGGCCCUUGCUCAGCGCCAACUCUUCCCAUCUACCCCGCAGCUGCUGUCGGGGCCGUGUUUGGCCUCACCUCCUGCAUCAGCGCCCAGGUCCGCGAGAAGCCCGACGACCCCCUGAACUAUUUCCUCGGUGGCUGCGCCGGAGGCCUGACUCUGGGGGCACGCACUACUCUGACCCAUGGAUCCCCUGGGCCCAGCCAAGCCACAAUGGCUGUGGCGCCACUGUCUGGCCGGGCUGCUGUUUCAGCUGCUGGUGGCUGUGUGUUUCUUCUCCUACCUGCGUGUGUCCCGAGAUGAUGCCACUGGGUCCCCUAGGUCAGGGCUCAUGGCCGUGGAACCUGUCACUGGAGCUCCCAAUGGGUCCCGCUGCCAGGACAGCACGGCGACGCCUGCCCGCCCCACCCUCCUGAUCCUGCUGUGGACGUGGCCUUUUAACACACCCAUGGCUCUGCCCCGCUGCUCGGAGAUGGUGCCAGGUGCAGCCGACUGCAACAUCACUGCCGACUCCGAUGUGUACCCACAGGCAGAUGCAGUCAUCGUACACCACCGGGAUAUCAUGUACAACCCCAGUGCCGACCUCCCGCCCCCCACCAGGCCGCAGGGGCAGCGCUGGGUCUGGUUAAGCAUGGAGUCUCCCAGCAACUGCCGGCACCUGCAGGCCCUGGACGGAUACUUCAAUCUUACCAUGUCCUACCGCAGCGACUCCGACAUCUUCACGCCCUACGGCUGGCUGGAGCCAUGGUCCGGCCAGCCUACCCACCCACCGCUCAAUCUCUCGGCCAAGACCGAAUUGGUGGCCUGGGCAGUGUCCAACUGGAAGCCGGACUCGGCCAGGGUGCGCUACUACCAGAGCCUGCAGGCCCAUCUCAAGGUGGAUGUGUAUGGGAAAUCCCACAAGCCCCUACCCAGGGGGACCAUGAUGGAGACGCUGUCCCAGUACAAGUUCUACCUGGCCUUCGAGAACUCCUUGCACCCCGACUACAUCACCGAGAAGCUGUGGAGGAACGCCCUGGAGGCCUGGGCCGUGCCCGUGGUGCUGGGGCCCAGCAGAAGCAACUACGAGAGGUUCCUGCCGCCCGAUGCCUUCAUCCACGUGGACGACUUCCAGAGCCCCAAGGACCUGGCCCGAUACCUGCAGGAGCUGGACAAGGACCACGCCCGCUACCUAAGCUACUUCCGCUGGCGGGAGACGCUGCGGCCUCGCUUCUUCAGCUGGACACUGGCUUUCUGCAAGGCCUGCUGGAAACUGCAGGAGGAAUCCAGGUACCAGACGGUGCGCAGCAUAGCGGCUUGGUUCACCUGA